UCUCUCAAUCUUUGCCUCCUUUGCUCCGUUGCCUAUUUAAGAGAGGAGAAGGAUGAUGAGUUAAACCACAAACCAAAGAAACCUCCACUAAACCCACAAGGAAGGUGGAGCACAAGACGAGAUUGGAGUAACCAGUGAUAGAGAUUAUGGCUUCACCAUUUUGUGGCAUCUCCACAUGCGGACUCAAUGCCGCCGCUCCUACCGGAUUCUCCUCCAAGAGGACGCUUUCCCUGGUUUCGCCCACAUUUGUUUCACUUGCCCAGGAAAUCAGGCCUAGGAGAAGGUGCAAUUUCAGAGUAAAUGCCGCAAAGGAACUGUAUUUCAACAAGGAUGGGUUGGCUAUGAGGAAGCUGCAGAAUGGAGUGAAUAAGCUGGCAAACCUGGUUGGAGUUACUCUUGGUCCAAAAGGACGGAAUGUUGUCCUUGAGAAUAAGUACGGGCCACCUAGAAUUGUUAAUGAUGGUGUUACGGUAGCGAAAGAGGUUGAGCUCGAAGACCCUGUAGAAAAUAUUGGAGCUAAAUUGGUUAGGCAAGCUGCUGCUAAGACAAAUGACUUGGCUGGUGAUGGCACAACCACAUCGGUCAUCCUUGCUCAAGGGAUGAUCACCGAGGGUGUUAAGAUUGUAGGUGCUGGUGCUAAUCCAGUACAGAUUGCCCGUGGUAUCGAGAAAACAGCCAAAGCACUAGUCUAUGAGCUCCAGAAGAUGUCCAAGGAG